GCCCGCCCGGUCAUGUGAGGGGCGGUGCAUCCCGGUGGGAGCGGGAGGUGGGAUGGCGGCGAUUGCUGGCGCUGGUGACCGGGCUGGAGCCGAGCUGCCGGACGCCUGCCCCGGCGCGGACAGCGGGAACGUGUCCCAGAGCCAAAGCAGAGCCUCCGGCCUCGGGGAGGCGGAGGACGAAGAUGCCUCGGAGGCGUCGCUCAGCGCCACCGCCGCCGCCUACUCCGCGUACCUGCUCGCCGACCGCAGCCUCUUCAGCGAGCAGAUAGAAAGCUUAGACAAGAGUCUAGAAGACUUACUGACCAGGGUGGAUGAAUUCGUAGGAAUGCUGGAUAUGAUUCGAAGUGAUUCCUCUCAAGUUGUCAAUGAAAGUAUACCUCAAAUAUACACAAAAGCUACAGAAAUGAGGCAGAUAUAUAGGAAGAUUGACAAACUAGAGGCUUUUGUGAAAAUGAUUGGGAAUAGCGUAGCUGGACUGGAAGAACGGGUCAUAAAGGCAGAAACAGACCUUGGAGCUUUUCCAAGCACGUUCAAGAAGAUCUUGCACACAAUCAGCAUGCCAUCCUUCCUUAAUAAAUCGUCUUCCUCACGACAGCAGCAGACCCUCUAUGAACCUCCAGUUCUCUUCAAGACUGAAGACUAUUUUCCAUGUCUUAAUGAAGCACCUUAUUGAUAAUUUUUGCUUUGGGAUUGAUAUGAAUCAGCCAGAAUAGAGAGAGCCAAGUGAACAAAAGGAAUGCCAACCUCAGAACAGCUGCAUUUUCUAAGCACUAUUGAUGGCAUAUUGCCAUUCUUAUCCUCAUUGUCUUCCUUCAGGCAAUAUUUUCAGGUAAUCUUUCUUUGUGCACAUAAUUUCAAAAGCCUUCCUAAAACACCAUGUAAAUUUUCAGAUUAUUUUAGGGAAGGAAUUUAAGAAUAUUUUUGCAUUACAUUUUUUUAAAUAUGGAAAUAAUAGGAAACAUGCUAUUGUAUAUAAGUUUUUUAACACGUAAAUGUCUGUGCUGCUGCAAGUGUAAAAUAGCUAUACCACAACGAUGAGGGUUUAUUUGUCCUUUUUCAUAAUGUGCUGAUUGAGGUGAAAGAAAAACUAUGCAUAAGGUUUCACAUCUAUUCCAAGGUUUUAAGCCUGGUCCCUGCAGUUUGUACAGAGAAAUGCACCACAUUGGGGUGUACUUGUUGCAGGGGCAGGACAUAGAAGAUCACCAAGGAAUCAAGGGCAUGGCUCAAUCUAUGUGGUGUAGUCCCAGUUCACAAAGCAAACAUCCUGCUCCUGAUGAUCCUCAGGUCACAGUGAACCAAGCUUUUCAUUAUUGCAUCAUUGUGUUGUUUGAUGUGUAACCAGGUGGGCAUUAAAUAAAUUUGUGUAUAUAUAUAGAGAGAGAGAUAUAUAUAGAUGUAUCAAACCUGCUGUCAAAAAGAACAAGUAUCUAAGCUGGAGAGGGAUGACCCUGGACUGAACCUCAAUCAGGCACCUGACCAGAUUGCUUUUCCUUCACAACUCUCUGUGGAUACUGAGGCUUCCCAUGCUUAUUGCAAUUUAUAUUAUCAAUAAACUAAUAGCUGGCUAACC